GAGUUGGGCCUCGCUUUCUCUUCCUGUACUCACCAACAUAUCUUUCUGCGUUGAAUAUGUAUGUGAUAUUAUGUCCUGAUGUGUUGAAAUGUAUUAUGUAUUUGCUAGUGAUAUUGAAACGAGUGAAGUAUUGAUUAGGCUAUUGAGUGAGAUAUUUAUUUAAAUUGAGGAAAUACCUGUUUAUGUGCAUUUUGGUUUAUCCCAGUGUUAAGGGUUGUGCUAUGCUUUUAACUUUAUUAGCCUCAUGUGGCUCAUUUUCGGGAAAACUUAGGCUGGAGUGGCAUGUUGUCCCAGUUGGAGCUCUGCUAAACUCAGCUGUGUGAGGAAUUGCCGGCACUCUGCCUGCCUAAAAUUAAGCUAACCUUCUGCACCUGUACAUACAUUCCACCAUUUUUGGCAUUUUGCCCGAUUCCGUCUGACUCCUUCGUAGCCCCCUGACAAUACGGUUAGUGCUAUCGGGGAUCCCUGAAACGUUCCUAACCCAUACCUUCACAAUUUUAAAUGUUCAAUUCCAAUGAGUCGCUAUUCAUAAAAACUUAGGCUACCGUAUUUAUUAUGAAAUAAAAUUACUAUAACAUGUAUCAUAUAUUAUGAACAUUAUUUCAAUAGAUACCGGCGCAGGAUUAUAAUUUAUACAAUUAAUUCUGUGAUUAUUCUCAUUAUAAAAUCAGUAUGCGUGGGAUACAUUUUGUACUAUUGACCAAUCAUUUUGAAAGUAAACAGAUAAGGACGCAUCAUGGGGCGGCGCUGUUUAGCGUGCAGUAAAAUCCAAACCAAAGCACAUGCGACACGAACACAGCAACAAAAAAAACGGUCACUGCUGCAAUCCAAUUUGAAUAUAAUCAGUGCCAAUCAUCGUUGUUGGAGAAGUGGACCAUCCCUUUUAUUCCACCUGUUGUUCCCCACAUGAGAAAAGAUGGGGAAUAGAUUAUCUGAACCACAGACCUUCCUCUCGAGAAUCCCCUUCUUUCAGUCGUUCCAUAUCGCCAUUUUGGGACUGGACUCUGCAGGUAAAACGACUGUCCUGUACAGGUUGCAGUUCAAUGAGUUUGUCAACACAGUGCCUACCAAAGGCUUCAACGCAGAAAAGGUCAAUGUGUCUUUGGGCGGCCACAGGACGGUGACCUUCCAUUUCUGGGACGUGGGUGGUCAAGAGAAGUUGCGUCCAUUGUGGAAGUCCUACACACGCUGUACCGAUGGAAUUGUAUUCGUGGUGGACUCUGUAGAUGCCGAACGCAUGGAGGAGGCUAAAACGGAGCUCCAUAAGAUCGCCAAGACCGGAGACAACCAGGGAGUGCCACUGCUGGUGGUGGCUAACAAGCAAGACCUGAGGCACUCUCUGAGCCUGGCAGAGAUUGAAAAGGCACUAGCGUUGAAGGAACUGGGCCCUGGCACGCCUUGGCACCUGCAGCCCACCUGUGCCAUCAUAGGAGACGGACUGAAAGAUGGCAUGGAGAGACUCCAUGACAUGAUCCUUAAACGGAGAAAGAUGCUCCGCCAACAGACGAGAAAGAGAUGAUCAAGGAGGGAACUGAAUCUCUUGUUUUAAAUGAAGGACAAAAUGAGAUGUUCUCGCACCUGGGUGGAUAUAGAAAUUCUCCCAUAGGCUCGGCACACUGAGUUUUAUCAGUCAAUGUUAAACUGUAGGUUCUCGUGUCUCAGACAGCAAACUCUCUUGCUUCAUCUUCAGUAUUUGUUCCUUUUUAGUGGUUGAGAAAGCACUAUGAAGGUAAAGGAUUUGUGGUUUAUGAUUUUAUAUAGGAAUUUAAGUUGUCGUUACAACGAAGGGUUUUGAUCCUUGGUAGUAGACCAUUAGUAAUGGCUACUUCAGAAUUGAACACCAAAAAUGAUACGUUUGAUGAACAGAAAAAAUAAGUCACUUUUCUUUACAAAGGUUAGUGGAAGGAUAACAAGCGUGGUCUUCCUCAAAGGGAACCUUUGUACCUUGUAAGCUACUUUUUAAUGUUGUACCUUUUUGUAUUUUUUUUUUUUUUACAGUUUUCUUUCUUUCUCAAAAGGAAGGUACGGUCUUGCGCUUCUUGUCUGUCUGUCUAGUGUACCUCUGUCUGUUUGUUAAUGCACUUUCGAUUACUUUUUUGAUGAUGGAGUUUACAGCCUUGAGGUUUCCCAAUAGAGCUUUUUACACAAAGAGUUUAGUUGCUUCAAAAGAAGCCAACUGUACUGGGUCCCUAUUGACCACAUGGACAAUAGAUGGGAUUUGUUUUUCAUCUUUUCAUCUUUAAUAAAGCCUCUUUACAGCA